GACGCACCUGGUUCUCUUCUGGCGUCGUGGCUCAUUGAACUCAUCAGCUCUGCGUUGUGUGGAUGGUGUUGACGUGCAGGAGGUGAUGAUGUCGUGCGUGUCAGUGGGUCUUGUGGUGGUGGUGCUGCUCGGCUCGGAGGCCUUGGGGAAAAGUGUGACAGGACUUUUUAAAAGCGAGGUGGCGAGACAGCAGAACGGCCAGUUCAUCACCACAUUCAUGUACCAAGGUGAUAAUGGUCUGUUGGUGUGCCGGCUGGAGAACUCCGCUCUGGCCAUAGAGCAGGAGUCCAGAUUGCUGCUGUAUCAGGGCAUGGGCUCUUACCUGGACAACCUCAGCUGCCCCGAGAGGCUCUCCAUAGCUCGGUUCACCAUUUUAUUCAACGAGGAAGAACACAACCAGUCGAUCCCUCGUCAGUCCUCUCCUACCACCUGGCAGGUCCUGUAUGCUGACAGAUAUACGUGUCAGGAAAAUGCAGUGAUUCCUCAUCACCCUGAUCUCAGUUUUACUAUCUUGCUGUUGAACCCUGACUCGGCUGGAAAUCCUCUGGAGCACUUCAGCGCAGAGGGAGCAGGUCUCCAUACCUUUUACUUCCUGCUGCUGCUGGCCUACUUCAUCGCCUGCUGUAUCUACUUAAAGCCUCUGUCCCAGGCUCUGAGGAAAGGAGGCCCCAUGCACACCGUCCUCAAAGUGCUGACCACGGCGCUGGCCCUCCAGGGCUGCUCCGCUCUCUGCAACUACAUCCACUUGGCCAGGUAUUCCAGAGAUGGGACAGGUAUUCCUCUGAUGGGCAGCCUGGCAGAAUUCUGGGACAUGGUGUCCCAGGUGUCCAUGCUGUACAUGUUGCUGAGUCUGUGCGUGGGCUGGACUCUGGGCCGCGGCAGGAAGCCUCAGUCCAGGCCUCUGCAGUGGGAGCAGUCUAAAGCUUCAACGGCCGUCGCUGUAGGUGGAGGCGUCGUACAGGCGGCGUUGCUGCUGUGGGAGCAGUGCUCAGAUACAGAGAGUCAGCAUCACAGCUACCACGCCCAGCAGAGUCUACCGGGUCUCCUCCUCAUGGCUCUGAGAGUGGGCCUGGCCCUGCUGCUGGCCUCCGUCCUCUACCAGAUCAUCUCCACGGAGAGGAGCACCCUGAAGAGAGACUUCUACCUCUGCUUCGCCAAGGGAUGCUUCCUGUGGUUCCUCUGUCAUCCCGUCCUCUUCCUCCUGUCGGUCGUCUUCUACGAGCACCAGAGGGCGAAGGUGGUGACUAUCGGUGUCAUCCUCUGCCAGUCCAUCUCCAUGGUGAUCCUCUACCAGCUCUUCCUGUCCCGCUCUCUCUACUGGGAGGUCUCCUCUCUGUCCUCCGUGUCUCUGCCCCUCACCAUGUCCCGGACUAACCACAGGGGGCGCUACUGAGCACUGUCCACUCUCACGCCAACGAGCGAGGCCGCACCUCCCUUCAGGAGGGAGAGCUCCCGAGCCUGAAGACAGGAGGUGAUGUAACGCUGCAGGGACUGUUCUCCUUUGCUGUUACUGUUUCAUGGGGGAAUAGGAACGGCCGUUAGCAAGAAAGCAGGUUACCAGGGAACUAUAGCACGGGUCACAAAAUGACCAGAGGACAAUAUUUACCGCAACACCCUACCUCUAUUUCCCUGAAUCCACAUUUCUAAGCAGGAGGGAAGAUAUUUAAUGCAGCACAACCCGGAGGAGGGACAUUUCCACGACCAGCUGGAGAACAAUUCAGAACAAAAGACGAUUUUUAGAUGUGCAAAAUAGGAGAAUAUUUACUUGUGAUGGAAUUGUACUUGCAUGCCGGAGGUUAAAGAUAAAAGGACACAAGAUCGGCAUGCUGAUCAGAGGUUUGUUGUGUUCAAGGAAACUUCUCUGCAAGGACACAAAUGCAGUCGUUUGAUAAUCACUACCACCGCAAAGGAAAAAAUACAAAGCACAGGGAGGCGUUACACCACUGCUCAGCUGAGGUGUUAGGUUUAGGGACGCAGUGUUACUGAACAGAUCAUUGUUAUUGAACUGGACUUGGAUCAGAUUUCCAAAGAGAGAGCUUGUUAGAUAGAUUUAAGUGUUUGGGGAUUUUAUAGUCUUAAAGAUUAAGGCUGGUUUUAUUCUUUAAUUUUCUUAUUGGCAACAAAUCCCAUGAAAAGAUAAAAGAACAAUACAGCCCUCUCUGUUGCCAUGGUCCCUGCCAAAAUAUGUAAAAAAUGUAGUUCAGUUUUCUUUAAUUUCUGAACUGUUUUGAGCAAAUGUGGCUCAAACAGCAGGAAAUCUUUGGGGACUAUUUUCAGCUGCGGAUUAAUCCAUAUUUGGAGCAUUUAUUUCAUCACAUAUUUCCAUCAGCAGGCCAAUGCAUGUGUGAUUAAGUCAAAAUAUACCACAGUGUGUGUUAAUGCUAAUGAAGGAGCAUGUCAUUCAUGCAACUAUGUGGCUAAUUGAUGGUCUUUUCAUGGAGUUUAUUUACAACAAGAGAAUAGAUCAAUAUGUGUAGAUCAAUGGAUCUGUAUGUGGUAAGAUUGAUACGUUACUACGGAUGAACAGGUGGAGGUGGAGAGACGACUGGGAAACAAGAACAGGUGUAAAAAAAAAAAUGCAUUAAGUUUGGACAGAUGGUUCUAGUAUGUAGACGGGUAAAGAAAUGGAUUCUAUCACCUUUAUAUAAAAGGAUAAGCGUACUUUUAUCUUUGCACAUCCUAAGUGAGCCUAAAGAUCCGUGUUGUACUUUAAGUUAUUCCUUCACUCUGGACGUGAAUGUCUGAGCGGACAGCAUGUGAACCUUUUUAAAUCAUAUAACUGUAAGUAUCUGGAAACACACUGCAUGACUUAUCUUUGUUUUUUCUAUUAUUUUGCCUUCAUUUUCCCUUCACUUCACAUUGAGCUGGUGCACACUACUUUGCCUCUUACCUUUUUCAAGUCAUUCAUCUCUGGUCUGAGCCCUCUGUGACUUCCUGUGAGUGAGGCUCAUUAAAACGAGCCUGUGGCUUCAUGAAACACUUUGACACAUUUCAUAUGGUGGGGAAUUAAAACCCACUGGACGAACCUGACGGCUGACGUGCAGCGUUGACAUAUUUAUUCAUUGCGUGUUUAUUUUGUAGUGAAUAUUUGGUAAGAGAAUGUUGGCGCGCAUUAAAGCAGUAGGUAUUGUACUGUAUAUCUUGUCCCGCUGUGAAAAUCUUAUUCUAAUUAGAAAGCGACACAAUAUGAGGUCUAAAGUGUCCAAUCAUGGCUUUUUUUCCCUUUUUUUUUCAGCAUUCACACUCCAGUUUUCAUAUAUUACAUGUAUUUAUUUUCUGUGCAGCACAACUUGUCAAAAUGCGGGGAUCUGUGAUCAUACAACUAUAAUACAAUAAA